UUACGGUGGAUACACGACUGGAGAAGCGACAGUACGAAUUUAAACGCUCGCUGCAACUCAUUACAUUUAACGCUCCUUUAUCAAUUUUUUUAAAUAAAAUUUUAAAGUUCCGUAACCAAAGUGAAAAAUGUACCAAGCCGCUUAUACAGAUCACAAUUACGAUGCUGAAGGUGCGAAAAGCUUCUCCUUCGACGAAGAGAGCAUACGAAAGGGCUUCAUACGCAAAGUCUAUUCGAUACUAAUGGUGCAAUUGCUUAUUACUUUCGGCAUUAUCGCGAUCUUUAUAUACGUAGAUGCAGUCAAGGAUUGGGUUCACCAUAAUAUAUGGAUACUAUCCAUAUCGUCGGUAGUGAUCUUGGUAACCAUGAUAUGCAUGGCCUGCUGUGAGAGCGUAAGCCGUCAAACACCGUUAAAUUUUAUAUUUCUAUUUCUAUUUACAUUGGCCCAGUCUUUUUUACUUGGUGUAUUAGUCACCUACUAUGCGGCCAGCGAGGUUAUGUUGGCCAUUGGCAUCACAGCCGCUGUAUGUCUUGCUUUGACACUGUUCGCUUUCCAAACGAAAUGGGACUUCACCAUGUGUGGUGGCAUUUUAUUGGUGGCCAUCGUUGUAUUCCUCAUUUUUGGUAUUGUGGGAAUAUUCAUACCCGGCGAAGUGAAAACCGUUGUGCACUCAUCCAUUGGUGCAUUAAUCUUCUCUAUCUAUCUGAUCUACGAAACACAGCUGAUGAUGGGCGGAAAGCAUAAGUAUGCCAUUAGUCCGGAGGAGUACAUCUUUGCGGCGCUCAAUCUUUACCUGGAUAUCUUAAAUAUCUUCGUGCAUAUAAUGCGUCUCGUAAAUAAAUGACCAAAUUUAGUUUACAUAAUAGAGAUUUUUUUAUUUAAGAAGAGUAAUUUGUGUGCAAUAAAACAAACACUUUAAAAUAAAUAUUUUAAUUAAAUUUAAAGAAUUUGUGCAGAAAGUUAUUUACUUUGAUAUCAAUUUAAAGAUCAGGGUUCUAUCAUCUACACGCAAUUUACCCCAUCUCACAUUAACCGUUCAGUUACGUAAAUUUAUUAUUAUUAUUCUACCGUUAAAUCUUAUAUGGUCCAUCACAUUACCGCACAUACCAUUUGAUCAAAAUUGCGUCAGACAGCGCCAAUUAGAGCACGACGUUCCUGGCGGUUUUCACUAUGGAAAAACUUUAGUUAAAAAUACGUAUAUAAAUGAAAUGUUAUGUUUCCGAAGGAAUAGUGUCUACAAAAUCGUUGAAAAUGUAGCAAAAGUAUUUUUUACGAACUUCUACUUUAUUAUUUAGCAUUCAAUGAAGGUCGACAACUUUUCUCAUGUGAGUCAUCCAUCCAUCGAUAACAUCGUAAAAGUAACAAAACAAAACAGUAUUUGAAAAUCAUCGUGUUGGCACCACCGAGAUAA